AACCUAAAUAUCUCAAAAUUUAUACAUAAAAUCCUUGUGCGCCAAAUUUUUUAAACGUAUUGAAACGGUUCUUCUCAGAUAAGAUCAAUUGGGAAGCAACUAAUAGAAUUUUUGUAAUCGAAUGAUGUUUAGUCAUAUCAAAUUAUAAGUCGCGCAUUAAAAAAAUAUUUCUUCCAAUUCUAAUAUCUGAUCAUUCAUGGUACUUUUAAAGCCACCCUCCUAAUUUCCAUUCAGCAUAUAUGGCAGCAACCUCUCUACUGCGAAAGUUCAUUUAUCGAUGUAUCGAUAUACUACGUUAAACACUACAAAAGCCCAACAUCGGCUGCUGAGCAUUUCAUUCGUGUUUUCCUCGUCGUUUGGUUGAGCGCGCAGAAGAAGGCGUGUUGUGAGAGUCAAAGCCACAGAAAAAGUAUAAUUGUGCACGCGCAUUCAAAUAGUAAAAAAAAGAAUAGUCUGUCCUUAUUUAAUCGUCUACACGUGUAUUUCGCAAUAAUAAAAUAAUAUACUAAGCAGUCUAAUUGUGGCAAGAAAGAGAAAGCAAACAUCAUUACAUAAGCAAAUGUUCAGCAUUUGCAAAUGAUUAUUGAGCAUCAGAUGAAAACGAAGCAGACGAAGAGGCGUCCGUCAAACAUCACAAUUUUCGAUUGCAUAUUUCAUCAGCCAUAUACACAAUUAAUGUGUUGAAAGCUGCGGAGUAACUGUAUUGAAAAGCAAAAUUACUUGAACUGAACAACCCAGCAGUCAAUUUGCCAAAGAGAGAGGGAAAAUAUGUGCUCGGCAACAAAACAAAGGCAGAAAUGUUUAAGUAUACGCAGCAAAAGCAAUAACAACGUUAGCAACAGUAGCAGCAGCAGACAAAAUAUAUCGGCGCCUAGCAACAAGACGAAUUCACUGCGAAUUGCGGCCAUGUGUAACAAGUUUCUCUGAUUCGCCGUAGAUCAAAGAUACAGCUACAGGCCAAAGAUUGUAAAUACAAUACGUAUACACGUAUACAUACGUAUAUAUAUAUAAAGAGUAAAAGAGCAAGCUAAUAGCUUCUAACAACAUUAAUAACAGUACAACAAAGACAAAUCUCGCAACCGAAAAUGAACGCAAAUACAGCUCCAAGCAGCCCUGGCAAAUUUAAUGUGUUUGCCCAUGUUAAAUACGAGCAUCUGGUUGCUGGCGUCUCAGGCGGCGUUGCAUCCACGCUUAUCCUGCACCCAUUGGAUCUUAUUAAAAUACGCUUUGCUGUGAACGAUGGUCGCACAGCGGCUGUGCCUCAAUAUCGUGGACUGGGCAGCGCCUUUACCACCAUCUUUCGUCAGGAGGGCUUCCGUGGACUCUACAAGGGCGUUACACCCAAUGUCUGGGGCUCCGGCUCCUCGUGGGGUCUAUACUUUAUGUUCUACAACACCAUCAAGACGUUUAUACAGGGGGGCAAUACGACGAUGUCUCUAGGCCCCACAAUGCAUAUGUUGGCAGCCGCCGAAUCGGGCGCUCUCACAUUACUGCUUACAAAUCCCAUUUGGGUGGUAAAGACGCGUCUCUGCCUGCAAUACGAUUCGGCGGGCAGCAGUGAAUAUCGUGGCAUGGUGCAUGCUCUAUCUGAAAUCUAUAAGGCUGAGGGUAUUCGUGGACUCUAUCGGGGAUUUGUGCCUGGCAUGCUGGGCGUCUCGCAUGGUGCCAUUCAGUUCAUGACCUACGAGGAGAUGAAGAACGCAUAUAAUGAAUAUCGCAAGCUGCCCAUCGACACGAAAUUGGCAACGAGUGAAUAUUUGGCAUUUGCAGCGAUGUCGAAGCUAAUUGCAGCAGCAGCCACAUAUCCAUAUCAGGUGGUUCGUGCACGUCUGCAGGAUCACCAUCAUCGCUAUAACGGCACCUGGGAUUGCAUUAAACAGACUUGGAGGUUCGAGGGUUGGAAGGGUUUCUACAAGGGUUUGAAAGCGAAUCUUAUAAGGGUUGUGCCUGCCUGUAUGGUCACGUUCUUGGUUUAUGAGAAUGUCUCCCAUUUCAUGCUGGCCCGAAGCAAAGACCGCAAGGACGCUCACAAUAGUGAACAAGAAACCACUUAAGCUGUGCCUUUUUCAUACACCUAUAUUUAUUUAGCGCGAAGUGUUUAGACAUGUUGAUCAACGGCCACCACAUUUCAUUUAGUUGUUAAUUAUUUAGUUUAUAUUAUGUAUAGAUUUACAUAUUUUAACUAUUGUUAACUAUAUUUUUGUGCAGACUGAGUAAGUAGAGCCUGUGUAAGUCUUAAAUGCAAACGAUAUUCCUAUGCAGAAGCAUAUAUAACGAAUCGAAAAAGCUU